AUGCCCACCACACAAAUCAACCUCAAUGCACUUAUUGGAGAGCUAACAGAUCGUCUGGGCAUCUUAGUUCACGAAGUUCAGCUGCUUGACGAUCGUAAGACAGUCCUCGAGCACAAGUUGCGCUUCGCCCAUGAAAAAUAUCAACGGCUUGCUGAUAAGUAUCCUGACGUUGAUCAAGAAACGACCUAUAUCCUAUCUAAACUUUGGCUCCCUCCCGCAUUGAAUGGUGAUCAGAUACAAUCUAUUCCACUCAUUCAUCUCGGAAGAACGCCGGUGCCUGAAAUAAAGUCAACCCUCAGGGAUGUAAUUCUUGCAGUUGAACGACUUGAAAUUUUCACCUUUAGCAACAACCCCAAUGUGAACAAUGUUAGGAUGAAUUCUGAACAAAGUGUUCAACCCUGGCAAAAAACGAAGUACGAAACGUUUGAAGAAGAUUUUACUGUAGCUGGGAAAUUAGGGCCCCUUUAUUGUCCAUUUUCAUGUCUAGGUCCUCUUCCUACUCCCGGAACGAUUCCAAAGAUACCCCAUCUCACCGUUAACGUCGAUUCCAGAAAUAUGCCUAAACAGAAGAAGGAACUUCUUAAUGAACCAGAUCCACUCUGUCCAUCAAUGAUAAUUAAUGCCACAAAAUCUCCUUAUUCUGCAACGGCAAGUGCGAAAUGUCCCAUCCGAUACCUAGAUCAGCAUUCUCCGGAGGAAGUAGCUAAAUAUCUUGAGACCCAUAAACACGAAAUUCCCCGGAGCCACGAAAUUUGUGUAAAACGCCAGCAGAGAAAUGAAAGUCACAUCAGAAAACUUGAUGCCAAAUAUGGUAAUCUUGUUAGUAUGAUACAAGGUCUGGGCGAGAAGCACCUACCUAUACUAUCCGCUAAAGAAGAGGAGCCUAGUCUAGAGCAACUGUCUAAUGAAAGACUCGUAACUUGGGCUCAAAACGUAAGUGCGGAUGAGAGUGGCCAGGUCGACGAAGGUCACAUAUCCCUUGAGAAAAAUGAAAAGGAAUCAUCAUUUGAUCGUCCUCUCAAAGAUGUUCGGGUUGGUGAAUCGCCAGGACGGCCGUGGGGAAUAUCAAUUUCAAAUUUACAAGCCCCAGAACCUCUAAAUAUUGAUGCACAGCCUGCUCUAUCAUCGCCCGUUGAUUCAUCGGGAUCUGCUAAAAAAUGUCCAUUUGGGCACAUGGCAAAGAUGAGUGCGGAGCCAAUGCUAUCUUCAGACAGGCCUACUAGAGCACAGAAUUCGUGGGAGCAUCCAGAUAGCAAUAAAGAUGCGCAGAAAACCCCCCAAGCCCCUCGACCCGUAUUGGAACCCCCUUUUUUUAAAAUGAAUGAAGAGGAGAAUAAUGAUCCACGAACUCAUUCGCCCAAGAUAUCAGAAGCCCAUCCUAAGUUCAUAAAUUAUCCACAAGUUCCAAGUUCCGGUCAUGGCCCGGUGCCGCAAAUGGUCUUCACUGGUCCCGUAUUCAUCGGUUACCCAAUUGAACAAGCUGUCAAUCUUAUGCGACAGUUCCGAGGGUGA